AUGACGGACGUGGCAGAGAUCGUGGCAGCUGUUCGCAGCGAUGUGCGUGCGAAGUUGCUGGACCUACUGGAUGAGGUGGCUGGACGGAAGGUCUUGCUGUUCGACAGCAGCAUCGCGUUGACAUGCCUAUUCCGUGAAGUAUUGGCUGAAAAGAGCCGCGGAGCGAGAUUCAUGAGGAGGAACAACAUGGCGGAGAAGCAGAAAAGGAUAGAGAAGACGCGAGAAGGAGUUCCCAUUUGGGAUGGAGAUGCCGGAACAUAUCAGGAGUUUGAAGAGAGCGCUUUGCUGUGGGAGCAAUCCAUAGCAAUGCACAAGCGCUACUUGUGCGGCCCGAGGCUUCUCACAGAGCUGACGGGCACUGCUCGCAGGUUCACUGUGGGCAAGCAUCCCGAAUGGCUCUCCUUCAAUGGAGGCGUGCAGCGGCUUCUGACGUACCUGAGGUCAAACUUGGGCCUUCCACAGAUGCCUGAACUGACGGAUCAUUUGAGCCGUUACUUCCGGCAGUCCAGGCGCAAGAAGGGGGAGACCAUGAAUGAGUACGUCACUAGGAAGUCAGAACUGUAUGCAAGAGCUAGGCAAGGACUUCACAGGGUGAUGUCUCACUAUGAGAAAAAGAAGCCAGCGUGGGAGAAGAGCUACGGCGGCUAUAGCCGUCCGGGGUCCACCGACCCUUGGGCCAACUACAGGAGGACACCCUCCCUGGCUGGCAGUCAGAACCUGAGUGCUGAGGAGAUUCAGGAUGAUCGGGAAGCGCUUGCUCGACCUGAUGAUCAAGCUGAGGCCACCGAGGAUGCAACUGAGGAGCGAAGCUCCACUGGUCCAGGUCCUUCAGGAGACUCCUGGAGUUAUCCGGACUGGUGGUCGAAUGACUGGUGGAGUACCUCUUGGACACCUUCCGAGAAUGCCGACUGGAAUGUGGAAGCCCCUGAACUACUACCAGAGUAUGUUCAGGGCUGGUACCUCUUGUUUGAUUCUGGCCUGGACACCAACGAGCGCAACAUGAUCGUGGCAGCCCUGAAGGGCGACUUCACUAUGACCCGAGUGGCACAGGAGCUACGCAGCCAGUGGACUGAUGAGGACCUGCGUCGUCGAGAUGCAGCCAAUCGUCACUCCAGCUGGUGGGUGGAUGAGAAUGAAGAGGCCGAGUCUGAGGACUAUGACACUGCCUGGGUUGCCCAGGCUCACCGCAACUUCAAUGACGAGGGCCUCGCACUCCUGGGUGAAGCUGAAGAUGUGGCUCAAGAAGCCCUAGCCAUGAUGGAGCGCGGGCGUCGCACCUUGAAAGAGGCCAGACAGAAACAACAUCAGGUGAGGAUGUCUCGGAAGUACUACCGCACCAACUUCAAGCCCUCUGGAAGCACUUCGGCUGUAGCUUCUGGCACAGAUCAAAAGUGCUUCCGAUGUGGUGGUCCUCACAAGACUUCAUCAUGUCCAAAGGCAAUGGCAACAACGACAGCCUCUUCAGCCGAAGAGCAGGCUGCACCUUUCAUCUGUUUUGCACAAGACCAGAUCACCAAGGACCAUGAGAUUGUGGAGCCCUAUGUCCCGGACGACCACGAGGUGAACUACCUGGAUGCUGGGUUCUCCGAUGCUUGCCCAGAGGCCUUCUUUGAUGUUGCCGACACCAACAGCAUAGGGCCUAUCUCCACUCAGAUGGCCGUCGAACAAGGCAAGGCUGUCGUUGAUGGAGGGGCUACAAAGACCCUUGGCAGCGUGGUGGCCCUCGAGAAGAUCAUUGCCCUCAACAAGUACAAGCAUGGGACUUCUCGUUUGGCCGACCUUGACUUGGAGAACAAGCCUACGUUUGGUUUUGGAAAUUCAUCAAAGAACCAGUGCGUGUCCACAGCCUCACUCGAGGUUCAAGCUGAUGGCAAACCUGGACAAGUACAAGUACAUGCGUUGGAUGCGGGAGCAGGACCUGUGCUGUUCUCCAUUGAGUCCUUACGGGCCUUGGGAGCAAUCAUCGACUUCUCUGAGGACAUGGUCGUCUUCCGCAAGAUCAACCCAUCCAAGAUCAUCAAGAUGGAACGUUCGGCCACUGGCCAUCAGCUGCUGCCCAUGACUCAGGAUUGGUACAGUGAUGCUCAGAGCACUGCACAGCCAGAAUUGGUGGAAGAGCUCCUGAUGACCUUUGGCGAAACAGCUCCAAAACAGUGGAGCAUCAUGGAGAUCGAGAGUCGCCUUUUGGAACUCAAGGAAGCCAACGGGAUGGUCACUCAGAAAGGGAAGGUACGGCCACCGAUGCGCCAUGCCAUGAUCGAACUGAACAAGGCCAGCAAGAAGAAGUCCGACCUUGUGGACUACGUGAACAACAAGCUCAUGGUGAAGACCCGCGGCACCGAGACCAUUCAGGAGCUGCAGCGCUUGGGCACCAAGAAGAUCUACCAGACCACAGCCGCCUCUCCGGAGGACCCUGUGGGGUUCGGGGAACACUGCAGUCUGCAGUACCACGAGCUUCUAGCCCAACACCCACAGUAUGCCAGCUGGGUCGUGAAGACCGCCACCGAGGGGGAAUGCGACUACCGCCUGGCCCGUCUGGCCAAUUGGCUCCAGAGCCCAGAGGCACAGCAUCCGAUGCCGACCUACAAGCAGACCUCCAGCGGCUACAAGAACACAUCGACGCCGGCCAGCGGCUCGAAUGGCAAGACCGAGAACAUGAUGAUGCAGAUGAUGCAGAUGAUGCACGCCCUCAAGGAGGACGUGGACAAUCUGAAAGCCGAGAGGCCUCACAAGAAGGCCCUGCUAUCACACCAGCGCAUAGAGCUGCUGGAAGUGGCAUGUUCGGCCGACAGCGUGCUGUCUCGCACCAUGCAACAAAAGAAAGGUGACGAGGGUGUGGGCAUUUGUGAACAGGCUAUUCAGGGUACCAAGACUCUCAUGAACAAAAUAGCUGAAGAUGACCCAGAAGUCACCGCAGCAGAAGCUUUGGCUGAAGCCACUAGGACCUUUAAUAGCCGAGAACUGAUCCGAGGCUAUUCGCCCAUCCAACAUGCCCUUGGCCGUGCGCCUGAUGCCACCGGGCGACUUUUCCCUUGCGGCCCCAGUGAAUGUCCAGAGCUGCUGGUAGAGAACGCCUCUGGCGAGAUGGAUCGCCAGCUCCAGCGAAUGCAAAGUGCGGAAAAGGCCUUCCUUGAAUGGACGGCAAGCCAGAGACUCCAAAAAGCCAAGAACUCAAAACCCAGAGAUGUCACCAACUAUGAGCCAGGAGACCUAGUGUAUGUGUGGAGAAAGCAAGUGAGCGGCCAAGCAGCCAUUAAAGGUGGCUCGUUUGUGGGGCCAGCCCGCAUCCUGGCGGUGGAGCAACAUCGCUCUCCCGACGGGACCCACAAGCAGGGCAGCUCAAUUUGGUGCGUCAGAGGGAGAAGACUUCUCAAGUGCUCCCCAGAGCAACUACGUCGAGCCUCCGAGCGGGAGGUCCUCUUAGAAGAACUACAUGCCAAACAAUACGAUGACUGGGACUUUGAUAGAGUAGCUCAACAACUUGGAGGGAACGAGUUUCUGGAUGUGUCCACCGAAGCCAACAGGGCGAUCCAGGAGUCCAACUUCCAGGCCUACGCCUUCUACAUCUUCAGGAGCACCCGUGUCACAGAGGAAGUGUUUGCAGUCACCGAGUGCACCUUCUGGAUGGAUGAGACCGCGGCCGUGGCCGUGGAGGUUCCCAUGCCAGACACACGUGCUGGAUCUGAACGAGCUCUUCGAGAUCUCCCUUCUUACUUUGCCAGUAGCUUGAAGAAACGGUCAGCAGUUGAAGUCUGUGAGCGUCACCUAUCUGAGGAAGAGCGACAACAGUUCCGAUCUGCAAAGGCCGUGGAAGUAAGUAACUUCAUAGCUGCCAAGGCUUUUGAAGCCCUUCCAGAGAAACUUCGCCCAGCACGCGAACAAGCAGUGAAGAUGCGUUGGAUACUGACAUGGAAGCAGAAGGAGGAUGGCAGCCGAAAGGCGAAAGCCAGAGCCGUUCUUUUAGGAUACCAAGAUCCCUGCUAUGAACAGAGAGCAACGACUUCUCCAACCACGACUCGCCAGACCAGGCAACUGCAGAUGCAAUUAGCCGCUUCAUAUCGCCACAAGAUGCGAAAAGGUGAUGUGACAGGUGCUUUCCUGCAAAGCAGGCCAUACCCUGAUGACCUUUUUUGUAUAGGAUGCCCAGAGAUCUGUGAAAAGAUGGGACUCCCAGCAGAGUCAAUCACCAAAGUGAAGAAAGCCUGCUAUGGCUUAGUUGAUGAGUCUGAGAAAACACAGCUUCGGGCCUUGCUGGGAGGGGUCUCAUGGCACGCACAACAAGUUGCGCCCCACUUCAGUGCUGAAGUCGGCUUGCUGUUGUCAGAGGUGAACAAGAGUACUAUAGAGACCAUUUACAAGGCUAACAGGAUCUGCCGCAGCCCCGGAGCAGCAGAAGCAGCAGCAGCAAACAACGGAGAAGAUCUCCUCUUUUUUGCGAGAUUCCAACUGGCAGAAAUGAUGGGAGCUCAGGUCAAUGUGAGAGACAUCAACAGUGUCGUCAACCAGAUCAGUGGAUGCCUGGUUACUGACUCCAGGAAUGUGUACGACAAGUUAGAGACCGAGGUCUUGUCCGUGAAGGGCGCUGAGAAGAGAACAGACCUGGAGUUACUCUCCUUGAAAUCUGCCCAGAUUCGCAACGCUGUGGAGAUUAGAUGGGUUCAUAGUGAAGCUCAGCUAUCAAACGGGUUGACCAAGAGCAACGAGCACAAGCAACUGCACCUGUUCUACCGCAUGGGCCACAAGUGGCGCAUAGUCGAAGAUGAAGAAAGAGCGUCAGCUCGGAAAAGGAAACUGCUAGGCCUGGAGCCUCUUGAAAACAGAAAGAGUCAAGGGCCAGAAAUCGAGCCGGAGACACCAUGGAAACCCACGAAAUGA